AUGUGCUCGAAGUUUCAAAGCUAUCUUCAAAAUCAAUUUUUCCGAGCCCUCGUUGUCCAGAGCAUCGGACCCACUCUUUUCCUCGUCCUCCCAAUUGCACCAAUUCUUGCUGUACCUUUAAUGUCACCAUAUACUGGAACAGAAGUCAGUUGGCAGCCGGGAUGGUUGCAUUCGAUUGUUGGAUUGUUUCCCCCGUUUGAUAGUCUUGCUUUCAUGCUAAUUGUUAAGGAGUACACCAAGAUUUUGAAAAAUCGGUUUGGAUGCAUAAUGAGUGGUCCGUCAGUGGAGCCAACUAGUCAUCCAAGUGCCAGCCAACAGCCAAUAAAUGUUCUAUAG